AUGUUCGGCUCCUCCUCCUCCUCCUCCCCCAACCAACGCGAGCGCGGCAACGUCCCUAGCGACUCGAGCUGGUACCAGCAGACUCAUGAUAGCGGUGAGAAGCAAAACUUUUUUCUUUUCUUUUUUUCCUUCCUUCCUUCCUUCCCUUCCUUCCUCCUGGUUCUUUUUUAUUAUUAUCGUUAUUAUUAUUAUUUACGCGAAUGCUAAAUGGAUUGGUGGGUUGCUUUUUUUUUUUUAGCGACUUGUAGUAAUUACUUGUGUCCUGGGACCUUGUCCUGCGUGGAUAAGCCGACGCAUUGCCCGUGCGCGUGGCCGGGCGUCGAGGAGAAGUUUGAGUUGGAUGCGGAUGGGAUUGCCGUUUGCUUGAGUCGUGGUGGGAGGGCGGGCUUUGUGGGGAGGAAGGUGGAGUUGGCGAGGAAAGGGUUGCUG